AUGUUCAUGUAUGGACCUUCGCAUCUAAAGCCCGCCACACUCAUUCCCCAUCAUCUUCCAAGAUCAGAGCAAUACCCAAAGGAGUUUUACCCGAACGAUGGAAUGACCAGAAGGAUGUCUUCCUCUUCCUCCUCCUCCACGACCAGCGUCCACGUCACGGCCUUGGACGGCUUGGUCAACGUGAACUCCCUCUUCACGAUCGCCGUGUUCGUGGGACUCUCCCUCACGACGCCGGGGCAGCGCAGCCUCGAGAGCCGUUCGGCGUGCGACGCCGGCACCGACGUGGCCAAGAAGCUCCUCGUCUUUGAAGUAGUGUCGUUUAGUUUCUUCCUUUGCUCCUCUCUGGUGGCGCAGGGGCUCAAACUGGCGCUCAACUUGCUCAACAGCAAGGACGCAGACGACGCCUUCCGGGCCCACAUCAACCUGAAGGCCCUGAGGCUGGGCAUGCUGGGCUCCGCCAUUGGGUCCGUCAUGGGUUGCCUCUUCCUGGUGUUGUCCAUGAUCAAUGUCAUCCAGAUCCGCCUCGGGAUGCUCUCCUGCGGGAGCAAGGCCGCUGUGCACGCCGUCACCGCCAUGGUCGUCUUGGUCUCUUCCGCUCUAGUGCUUUAUAUCUCCACUGCUAUCUAUGCCUUCACCCAUUAA